AUGGCUUCUUCUUCUCCUUCUUCCACCCACCCAACAGACACUCUCCAGCUCGAAGACCCCAACGACAAUAACAUCAAUCUCGACGCUGAAAAUGCAGACUCGACCGUCUACCCCGCCGGCCUGCAGCUCUGGAUGUCGCUCGUCUCGUGCGUGUUCAGCAUGCUGCUCGUUGGCCUCGACUUGACCAUUGUCGCCGUCUGCGUGCCCAGCCUGACCAACGAGUUUCACACCGUGCAGGAUCUGGGCUGGUAUUCGGCUGCCUACAUGCUCAUCUCCAGCAGCUUCAUUCUCUUCUGCAGCCGUCUCUACGCCGUCUUCCCCGUCAAACGCCUGUUCCUCAUCUCCACCGCCAUCUUCGAGCUGGGCUCCCUCGUCUGCACCGUUGCACCGCUCAGCAUCGUCUUCAUCCUGGGCCGCGCCAUCGCAGGCCUGGGCUCCUGUUCCCUGCAGGUCGGCGUCCUGCUCAUCCUCACCCACAGCUUCCCCAAGGCCAAACGACCGAUGUGGACCAGCAUCUGCUUCGCCAUCCAGACCCUCGCCAUGGUGCUGGCCCCGCUGGUCGGCGGCGUGCUCAUCGACGCCUGGUCCUGGCGCCUCUGCUUCGCUAUCAACCUCCCCCUGGGAGUCGUCACCUUUCUCCUGACCUUUUUCGCUUUCCAUGAUCCCGUCGUGAACCCGGACGUCACCCUCUCGAUCGCCGACAAGCUGAAGCGCCUCGACCUGCUCGGCACCCUCUUCUUCGUCCCCUCCAUCGUCUGUCUUCUCAUCGCCAUGCAGUGGGGGGGCAUCAAGUACGGCUGGGGCAGCCCGGUGGUGAUCUCGCUGCUGGUCAUCUUCGCCCUCUUCCUGACUCUCUUCGCCGUCAUCCAGUACCGACAGAACGACCACGCCACCCUGCCCGCCCGCAUCCUGCGCCAACGUAGCGUUCUGGCGGGCGCCUGGUUCGGCACGUGCUAUAACGGCAUCCUCGCCGUCACGGAAUACUACAUUUCCAUCUACUUCCAGGGCAUCCGGGGCUACUCGGCUGCCAAAUCGGGCGCCCUUGGUGUGCCCUUGAUGGUUGGCAUGAUGGCGGCCUCGUUUGCAUCGGGUGUCUUCACCACGACUAUCGGUUACUACUAUCCACUCAUGUUCGCCACGUCUAUCCUCGCCCCCAUCGCUUCCGGCCUACUGACCACCCUCCCCGUCGAGGAAAACCUAGCCAAGAUCCUCGCUUACCUGGGCUUCCUGGGCGUGGCCGUCGGGUUAGGCAUGCAGAGCCCCGUCGUUGCCGUGCAGACCGUUCUCCCCAUGAAAGACGUCGCGACAGGAAUCAGCAUCACAGGUUUAGCAGGUGGGAUGGGCUCUGCGCUCUUCAUCUCCGCCUCGGCAACGCUCUUCCAGACCCGUCUGCAGGCCGAGGUUGCGCAGUAUGCGCCUGGAACUAACGUCACGGCGUUUGUCGAUGGCGGCCUUGACCAUGUCAGGGAGUACAUUGGGGGGAACCGUCUGCAGAGCGUUCUACUCGGGUACGAUAAGGCGGUCAUGCAGACCCUGUACAUGCCUGUCGCUUUGGGGGGGUUGACCUUGCUCGGUAGUUUGGCGAUGGAGAGGAAGAGUGUGAAGAAGAAGGCUGCUUAG